AUAGCAGCAAUCCUGAUAAGCUUCGAUCGUCACGCAGAAUGGCAGAGCAAGGAAGUGAAGAUCAGGCCGAAAAGUGGUUCGAUGCUGCUGUACAGCAGAAAGAAGGUGCGAUACCGCAGGGACGGUUAUUGCUGGAAGAAGAGGAAGGAUGGCAAAACGACGAGGGAAGAUCACAUGAAGUUGAAAGUCCAGGGAACCGAGUGUAUCUACGGGUGCUAUGUGCAUUCGGCGAUUUUGCCGACCUUCCACCGAAGAUGCUAUUGGCUUCUUCAGAAUCCGGAUAUCGUUCUUGUUCACUACCUAAACGUGCCGUAUCCGGACGACAACAAAUUGGCAGUGAUUACUCCCAAUCUUGCAUUAUGGGCGGACAAGAAGGAAUGGACGAAGGACGAGCUUGUGUCACAGCUGAAGCCGAUGUUCUUCAGCGAGGACGAACCGGAUUUGAAUGGGGAAUUAGAAAUUUCCGUUAACGACAACGGAGGAGGAGGCGGCGCGGAUAAUCCGAAGUUUCGCAUGAAGAAGAACUUUAAAUUGCAGACCGCCGAAACGGUGGAGGCCAUCGUCAGUCAGCUGAUGGAGAAGCAGAGAGUGGCGAGGCAGGCGGCCCUCGUCAAGCAGUUGGAGUGCGGAUGUCCGGACAGCACCUGUGCUGACGGAAAGACAUGCUCGCAUCCCAUGAGGAGGAUCACGGCAGCCGCAGCUGCAGCAGCCGCCGCCGCCAACAAUUCGAGCUUGACCUCGUCCACGUCGUCGGCAUCGUCGAGGCCUCCAAGCCGUGCCGACAAUAACAACCAGGUGUCAUCGACGACGGGCGCCGGGUCCAUGCUGCUGUCCGCAGGCCACGCUCCGCGCGUCUACUCCAGGGACUCCCGCAACCACGUGCAGAGCAGAUGCUCCUCCAGCUCCGGCGCCACUCCUCCCCUGGUCCUGAGCUUGAGCCAGAUCCAAGGCGGCGGCGGUCUCAUCAUCCUGAACAGCAGCAACACCACAUCUUCCAACAAUCCUUCCACGCACCAAUCCAUAGUCACUCCGGUAUCCGUGGCCAGCUUCGUGUGCAACACGAACGCACGGAAGCAAGAACUGAAGAACGGCUCGCUGAUCUUCAAGCAGGAGGCUAUGGAUACAUGCCAGGCGCCGAUCGUGCAGAACGGCAAGAGCCAAAUCAAAAUCGAAAACCACAGACAAUCAACAACCAUCUUCGAUUACCGCCAGCAGCAGCAACAGCAGCAUCAACAGCAGCAGCAACAACAACAGCAACAGCAGCAACAACAUCAAACUGAGAUAGUGAUGUCAAGCGCGCCGUCGACGCCGUCCAAACAGAUGGACACGAGCCAUGACGAGAUGAUCGAUCACCAGAACUUCGAGGAAACAGUUGUCCUGCUGUCGGCGCCGGACGCAAAUCGAAACAUUAAAGCGGAUCUUAAUUUCUUCAACGAAACAUUGGACUUAUCGCAGGAAGACAUUCAGAGGACGUUGUCCGCGAACAUGCCGAUCUGUUCGGAUCAAAACCAAGAACAGAAUCAUCAAAAUAAUGUUGCUAUCGAGAAGCAACCGAUACAGUCGCACGAGAUCAAUCCGAUGGACUUCAUCGACAACGUGGUGUCGCCCACGCACGUCGUAGACGACGACGUUUUCGUUAAUUUAGACGCGUUCGAUAUGCUCGGCGAGUUCCCCGACCUCGAGGUCCUGGACGCCGGCAACCCCAACGGGCUGCUGGACGUCAAUCAUCCGUCCGAUGGGACGACGUCGCGCAUCAUCGAAAAGAGCGUCGACCAUCACCAUCAUCAUCAACAACAGCAGCAGCAUCAGCACGAGCAGAUCGAAGGGCAAGUUACAACGCAGCAGCAGCAAGGUCAGGCCAAAAUCACGGACUACUCUCCCGAGUGGGCGUACCCUGAGGGCGGCGUCAAAGUCUUGGUCACCGGACCCUGGCAUUCGGCCGGACCCUACACUGUCCUUUUCGACACAUUCCCCGUUCCAACCACGCUCGUUCAAAGCGGGGUUCUUCGCUGUCACUGCCCAGCUCAUGAAGCCGGAUUUGCGACGCUGCAGGUGGCAUGCGACGGUUUCGUUAUAUCAAAUUCUGUGAUAUUUGAGUACAAGUUACCACCUAAGGAGGAGCAGCUCUAUGCUCCGGAGCCUAAAAUAGAACGUUCUACUGAUAAUUUACUUAAGUUUACGCUCCUGCAGCGGCUGGAGGCGAUGGACGAUCGACUGCAGAUCAAGCAGGAGCCGCUGGAUGGUUCAGAUUUGGUGGAGGAUACAGCGCUGUUCACCCAACCGAACUUCGAGGAUCGCCUGGUCAAUUACUGCCAGACUAUGACUUCGCGUCUGUGGCGACACGGUGAAGAGCUGAGCGUAUCUUGGUUUGCAAGCCACAAGGGGAUGACUCUUCUCCAUCUGGCCGCAUCCCUCGGCUAUUCGCGGCUCGUAUGUGCCAUGCUUCAUUGGCGGGCAGAGAACUCUUCGCUCCUAUUAGAAACGGAGGUCGAUGCGCUGAGUCAGGACGAGGACGGAUUCACACCACUGAUGUGGGCGUGCGCUCGUGGUCAUACUGAGACGGCGGUCAUGCUGUACCGCUGGAACCACACGGCGUUGAACAUCCGCAACAACAGUGAUCAAAGUGCCAUGGAGUGUGCGAAAGCCAACAGCCACCUGGAUCUAGCGAAAGAGCUGGAGAAGCUAGAGGUGCGACGCGAUAAGGCCAACAUGCUUCUGCAAUCGCAGAACGAUGCGGCUACAGUGGUCUCUCCGAGCGCCGUAUCUCCGGCCGGCUCCAUCGCAUCCCUAUCUUCGUCAGCCUCCGCCUCCACCAAAUCGCAUGAUGGCGUUUUCCUCCGACCCGGUGUUGUUACCAGGAGCGAAUCGCAAAAAUACAAGAUGCUCAACCUGGACCUGGAAUCGUUCACUUCAGACAGUGCUCCACCCCACAUUAUAGGUUCAAACAAGAUGCUCAGCUCACCAAAUCCUCUCCUGUCCGAAAGCAAUAUCUUGCAUCAGCGUAAUCAAAGAUUUAGUAAGAGGCCAUCCGUCGAUAGCGGCAUCCACAUGAUGGGCCAAUCCUCGGACAGCCUCACCUCUCUGCGAUCCACGAAGACAUUCAAAACCCGCGACAAAAUAUCCAGCUUGAAUUCCAGAUUCGAUCGCAGCAUGUCUUUACCGUUGCACUCGCCGCAAUCGAACAACUCCUGCGAUAACGACAGCAUCGACGGUUCGACCAGAAGAAUGGAUUUCGCACUGUGUGAAGUUAGUAGUGUCCCGAGAAGCGGUAGCCCCUUGAUAGACGUCGAGGCAGUCUCAGACGAUGACUCAGACACCCGCAACAGUGUUGUAGGGGAGCAAGAUGUGCGCGUUCUCACGCUAGCUGAACAGAUCAUAGCUGCAAUUCCUGAUCGGAUCAAGAACGAGAGCGAAGAGAUGAUGCUGGAUGGCAGUCCCGGACCGCCGGACGCUCUUCAAUCCAGCGAUGCUUUAUCGGAUGUUUUCAUGGAACCGCUGUUGGAUCAGUCCUCUUCCAGCUACGAGUCCAACGAAUUUAAUUUCGAAUUCUCCGAUCACAAUUACAGGUAUUACGAUGUUGGAACACCAUGUUCUAGCCUCAGUCCGGCAUCUUCGAGUUGCCUGCAAUCCCCGUGCUCUUUCACGCUGGAUUCGCCUUCGCCACCCCCGACGACCGCCGAUUUCUGCGAGUUCUUCCAGGCGUCCGGCACCGUCUUCGAGAAGGACUUUUCAAACUUGACUCUCUCAGAUCGCGAACAGAGAGAGCUGUACGAGGCUGCGAUGAUCAUCCAGAAAGCGUACAGGUCGUACAAGGGGCGGCAGCAACAGGAGGCGGAUAAGGAGAGGGCGGCUGCGGUUCUUAUCCAGAACUACUAUCGCAGAUACAAGCAGUACGCCUACUACAAGCAGAUGACGCACGCGGCCAUGGUCAUCCAGAACGGCUUCAGGUCUUACUGCGAACAUAAGCGGUUUAAGAAGAGCCAAGAGGCUGCAGUGUGCAUCCAGAACUAUUACCGUAACUACAAGGAGCAGGGGGGAAAGGGGAGCAGGGACGGUGGCGGCGGAGGUGUUGCUGGUGGCAGCACCCCGACGACUGCGGGGCUCAACCACGGCAAAGAUAGAAAAUUCUACACUUAUUGUUCAAUAAGGACCUAUUCUCAACGAAGACAACACCAAGCGGCACGAAAGAUACAACAGUUCAUGCGUCAAUCUAAAAACAACAUUUGGGAUGAAACUAUGGGAACCGUGGUUGCAGAGAGAACGAGCAGAAAAAGAGAAGCUGGAGGACCGGUCAGUGGAUGUCCUCCAAAGGUCAGCGUAUCGCGUGGUCAAUUCCACCAUCGUCCCAAAUAGCAGAUGCGAGAAUUCUGAAAGAAACUGAAGCUGACGACUCAACCAAAUGAAUCAAAUAUUAACAGUACUUAAGAUAGGGUGGAAAAAAUAACAACAUACACUCAUCACACAACAACAUCAACAAAACAACACUUUAAAGCAAACACACAAGACGACUUGAUUUUCUAAAAAAAAAUAGGAAAAACAAAACAAUAAACCUCCGAGGAGUUAAGGGAUUAGUUUUGUAGUAUUAGAAAAAAAAGAAGAAAUAUUUUUCUUAAGAGCACUGAAAAUUUGAUCACCCUUUGACAAUCAAAUACCGAUGAAGAGGAGAACAGCAAUUAAAAAAAAAGCAAACCAA